UCCACAGAGCGACGUAAAACAUGGCAGCCUCCAGUGCUCGCUGCACUGCACGCUGGCUGUCAAGCGGUUUACCUGGACUCCGCAGCACCUGUGCCCUCAUAAAGACCUCCAGACACGGAGGUGCCACAGCUCUGAGGAUAUGCUGGGUUCGCGGUUACGUGAAGGAGGGUCGUUUAAGCUGCUGGAGGCACAUAGGAGCUGUGACAUUGAACAGGGUGCCGGUGUUGGGAAGCCAGGGUGUUUUUGGCUCUCGUUUGUUCCACACUACUUCUGGGUGCCUUCAGAAGGACUUCUAUGAUGUUUUGGGGGUUCCCCGGACUGCCUCUCAGAAAGACAUUAAGAAAGCCUACUACCAGUUGGCAAAGAAAUAUCAUCCAGACACCAACCCAGAUGACCCUGAAGCAAAAGAAAAGUUUGCCAAGCUGGCAGAAGCCUACGAGACCCUCAGUGACGAGCUGAAGAGGAAGCAGUACGACACGUACGGUUCUGCCGGGCCGGGUGCGAGCGGGGCGGAGCAGUACUGGAGGGGCGGGGCCAACGUGGACCCAGAAGAGCUGUUCAGGAAGAUCUUUGGAGAGUUCGCUGGGGGGCGUGGCUUCGGCGACCUCAACUCCAUGUUCGAACAGGCACCUGAAUUUGUGAUGGAGCUGACGUUCAUGCAGGCUGCUAAAGGCGUGAAUAAAGAGAUAACGGUCAACAUAGACGAUACCUGUCCGCGCUGCGACGGAAAAGGUCACGAGCCGGGAACCAAAGUCUCACACUGUCACUACUGUAAUGGAACUGGGAUGGAGUCUAUAAACACCGGCCCGUUUGUGAUGCGCUCCGCGUGUAGGCGGUGCGGUGGGCGGGGCUCUAUCAUCAUCACUCCUUGCGUCAUGUGCAGAGGGUCUGGACAGACCAAACAGAAACAGAGCGUCAUGGUCCCCGUUCCUGCAGGAAUAGACGACAGACAGACAAUUAAGGUGCCAGUCGGGAAGAAAUACAUUUACAUCACAUUCAGGGUCCAGAGGAGUCCUGUGUUUCGUCGUGACGGCGCUGAUAUCCACUCUGAUGUGAUGAUUUCGGUAGCACAGGCGAUACUAGGAGGAACAGCCAGAGCACAGGGCCUUUACAGCACCAUCGACAUUGCGAUUCCUCCAGGCAUUCAGACAGACCACAAGAUCAUACUGUCAAGUAAAGGCAUCCCACGCGUGAAUAGCUUCGGUUAUGGAGAUCAUUAUGUAUAUAUCAAAAUCAAAAUUCCUAAGAAACUGACAAACAGGCAGAGAAUGCUGCUCUUAAGUUAUGCAGAGGACGAGGUGGAUGUGGAAGGAACUGUCACUGGAGUAACCAGACCAGCCAAACGUAGUUCUCAGGCCGGACGGACCUCAGAAUCAGAGCAGAGCAGAGAGGAAGAGCCAGAGAAAGAGGAAGGAGGAUUUUUCUCCAAACUGAAGAAGAUGUUCACCUGAAGAUCACAGAAGACAGCGGUCUUGUGAUGUUUUAGUGUAGAGUUGGUCAAAGAGGAGGAGAAGAGUGAAAGGAGUAGAAGAAAGAAGUGCGCUCCACACCAUCUCCAGUCUGCUUCUACAGAUUAACUGCUGAGACAUCUCGGCAUUAAACUAAUGUUGAUCCUUUAAAAUCAUGGAUUAAAAGCAAAGUUAAAUUCUUUGCCAAUUCUCAGUCUGAGGAUGACAUGUCUAACCUGUGCUGUUUGGUAGACUAUAAAUGUUUCGAUGGGGAAAGUGAAUAAAUUGUAAAAAGAAAUCUGUUUUGUAAUGUAUUACAUUUCUGUUUGUUAAUAUCAACACAAAAGGCUAUGUUUUAUUGUUAUCAUAUUCAAGGCUAAUAAGCACUGCUAGCAACGCUUCAGCUGUGACUACAUGAUAAAUAAAAUGUGUAGGGCUUGAAUGCAUUUAUUUUACUGUCUUUUUAACUGUCUGAUAUAUUAAUUGAAGCGAUUUAAAAUAUAUAUAAUGUGUGUA